UUGAUCACGACUCAACUUCAAAGGCCCACUGCCACAAAUAGUGACUCCAGAAAACGACAGUCCUUCAACUACUACAUCAAUCAUUUAUGACCAUUGGUCAAUUCAGUGCAAAUUGCAAUUGCAAAAGUCUUCUUCCAAUAGCUGUAGUCGUGGUUCUGUAAUCAAAUUUACUGAUGGCAGAGGAAAAAAAGAUCAACAAUUUUGCAGUUCAAAAUGGAUCAGCUGAUAUUUGUGAAGUCAUUAAGAGUUAUAUACCGUUCUUGAAAGUGAGAAGAUUAUCAGACAAGGCAACUUUGCCCCAAAGAAUGUUCCCUCAUUCUGCAGCUUAUGAUAUUUUCAGUGCAAGGGACACUAUGGUGCCAGCUCGAGGCAAGGCGAAAAUUGCCACUGACUUAAGCAUAGACUUACCUCCAGGAACCUAUGGUCGUGUCGCUGCAAGAUCAAGUGUGGCUUGGCAUCAUUCCAUUGAUGUUGGAGGUGGAGUAGUUGAUUUAGACAAAAAUCCUGUUUUUGUGAUACUGUUCAACCAUUCUGAUGUUGAUUUUGAGGUAAAAGUUGGCGAUAAUAUAGCACAGCUAGUCAUCGAGCUCCAUGCUACACCAGAGGUUGUUGAGGUUUAUAAAUAAUAAUUAUAACGUGGCAUUUGAAUUGGCAAAUCCAAGUUCAAAAUUUGCUGGAGCAGCUUUAUGUCUAUGUAUGUUGUGCAAUUUUUAUGUUAUUGUUUAAAUCUCAUGCUCAGAGGCUGAUCUAGAAUGGGUUUUUGGGCCCAACUGAACUUACUGCUUUCCGCUUGAACUAUGUAUGCAUAUGCCAAUAAAAAUUUGAAGUGUAUACAUAUAGAAGGAUCACGUUCAUUUUCGGAUCCUCCGGGAGAUAUUCUGUA